ACGAAGCGCUGCUCCCAUAACUCCCUGCGGUUGAAGGAAAACUGACAGCAGAGACGUGGGAACCAAAACGUCCAGGCCCCAUUCCAGAAUUACACUCUCCUCUUCUUCUCCCCGGGACUCUUCCUCCUCGUCGUCUUCCUCGUUCGCUUUGGGGACUCCUCCCUUCCUCUUGUCCCUUUUAGCUGGGGUCUCGUCGUCAAAAGUUGCAACCUUUGGAACUUUCCAUUUUGACCGCUUCUUCAAGCAACAUAUACGCCCUUGUUCAGAUAAAGAUUCCGGGGAUUUUUUUUUCUGCUACGGCCUUCUCUUCUUCCACCUCCAAGGCUACGGCUCCUCUCCCCUGGUGCAACGAUCGUCCUCGAGUUAUUUCUCAAGCGCUCCGAGAAGCUUGUAAACCAAUCUUCUUCAUACCUGCAGUGAUAACAUUUCCAAGAAAAAACGCUCACAUUUGAGUGUUUGACAUUAGUUGCAAAGACAGAAACCGAGGUUGGCGUCUCAAGAAACAGAGCAAAAGCAAUCUGGCAGCACGCAGAGACUUGAUCCAUCCUCGUUUCUCCAAAUCUUAUCACUGAUCGCCGAUCAAGAUGGAGCAGCUCCGGCAGCUCGGCGAGGCGAUGGGCAGCAUCAACGCUCUCAUGGCGUUCGAGUCCGACCUCCGCAUCAACCCGCGCCAGUGCCGCCUCCUCGCCGACGCGUGCGCGCACGCGCUCGCCGCCGUCACGGGCGAGGUGCGCGUGCACCUCCGCUUCGAGGAGCGCGGCGCCAAGUGGCGCGCCCUGGAGGCCCCGUUCCGCGAGCUCCACCGCGCGUUCCGCGACGCCGAGGGCUACGUCCUAAAGUGCCUGGAUCCGCGCGGCAGCUGGUGGGCGCGUGCCGCUGCGAUGGUGCACGGCACCGAGUGCGUGGAGCAACACCUUCACGGCAUCCUCUGGUGCGUCGCCGUCGCGAUCGAGGCCGUUGAGACCGCCGCCGAGAUCGCCGGCUCCGACGCCGACGAGAUCGCGCGGAGGCGGCUGGUGCUCGCCAAGAAGUACGACAGGGACAUGGUCGAGCCGAGGCUGUUCCAGCACGCGCACGGCAAUCUAUACUUGGUGUCCCAAGAGCUCGUCGCACGGAUGGACACGGCGUGGAAGGAGGACAGGUGGGUAUUAUCACAGCUGUUCGACGAGAUGAAGGCCCCGGCGGCGUCGAAGCCUCUGACGAAGAGCGAGCACCGGCUCGCCGAUGCCCUGAUCGCGCCGCGGGGAAAGCUGCACCCGGCGUCCAUCCUGCUAAGCGACUACAGCGUGCGGAGGCGCCUCGGCGGCCGCCUCAAGGAGGUGCAGUGGAUGGGCGAGAGCUUCGCGGUGAAGCAUUUCAUCGGGGACGCCGAGGCCGAGGUGGCGCUGCUGUCGUCGGUGGCGCACCCGAACGUGGCGCACGCCGCGUACUGCUUCCUCGACGAGGAGAGGAAGGAGUACUUCGUGGUCAUGGACCAGCUCAUAGCCAAGGGCCUCGGGAGCUUCAUCAAGGAGGUGAGUUGCCCGCGGCGGCGGAUACCGUUCCCGCUCGUCGUUGCCGUCGACAUCAUGCUGCAGAUCGCGCGCGGGAUGGAGUACCUGCAUGCUAAGAAGAUCUACCACGGUGAGCUCAACCCGUCCAACGUGCUCAUCAAACAGCGGCAGCCUGACGGCUUCGUGCACGUCAAGGUCGCCGGGUUUGAGCGGUGGGGCACCAUCACAACCGGAGCAAAAGUUUCUGCUAACGGCAACGGCAACGGCAAUGCCAACGCAAACGGCGGAGGCGACAACGACUGUAUCUGGUACGCGCCGGAGGUGCUCGAGAAGGAGAGCGACGCCGCCGCCAUGCGCACCGAGAAGGCGGACGUGUACAGCUUCUCGAUGAUCUGCUUCGAACUGCUGACCGGCAAGGUCCCGUUCGAGGACAACCACCUGCAGGGCGACAAGACGAGCAAGAACAUCCGCGCCGGCGAGCGGCCCCUGUUCCCGUUCCAGGCGCCCAAGUACCUCGUCGCCCUGACGAAGCGGUGCUGGCACGCGGACCCGGCGCAGCGCCCGUCGUUCGCCUCCGUCUGCCGCGUCCUCCGUUACGUGAAGCGGUUCCUGGUCAUGAACCCGGACCAGCAGCAGGGCCAGGCCGACGCGCCGCCCGCUCCGCCCGCCGACUACCUUGACAUCGAAGCACAGCUGCUGAGGCGGAUCCCGGCGUGGCAGCAAGGCGAGGGCGCCGCGCGCGUCGCGGAUGUGCCGUUCCAGAUGUUCGCGUACAGGGCCGUGGAGAGGGAGAAGACCAGCGGCGCGCACGCCAGCAGAAACAAGCCAUCGGACUCUGGCAGCGAGAACUCGCUGUGCGGCGACGAGAACGGGGUCGGGGCCGGCACAGCGUCGCCGGACGACGCGUCCUCGGUGUCGAGCGGUACCGUGCGGUCGCGGCUGGACAGCAGCGACGGCAAGAAGCCGCCGGCCAUGAUGGCGGACGGCAAGGCUUCCCGGCAAGCAGGGUCUCAGCAGAAGGUGAAGCCGGCGAGCGCAGUGAAGCCUCCGCCGACGACACGAAGAACUCUCGGCGCGAAGCCCGACCUUCCGGUGCGACGGCGGACGUCCGGGCACGCCUCGGAUUAGGAGGCAGCGGCGCUUGCAGUUGGAGACGCAGGAACGAGCUUGCAAGUAGUUCGGUGAGAGAUGGAAUGCUUCGAUGAUGGAGGACGUUUUCGCCUGCGCAGUUGUCUUGUUUCCUCGACAGCGGAAUGGUUUGCAUUCCAGCUCGCUUUGGUGAACAGAGUUUUUGCAUGGGUUGAUUUGUUGUUUAGAUUCUUUGUUAGACUCUAUAGCAUUUGCGUAGUAGAUUUUUGCUCGAUGGUUUGAUGGGUAAAAAAACUGCAUAUCCAUAUGAAGACGCUUGAUUUCGAGUAAAUUCACGUAUUUGGGAUAUCUUAUUUACAAGGAGCUGC